AUGACUACUGUGAUGACAACAGAAGAGAGACUGAAGUUCCAAGCGCUUCAACACAUAGAUUCAGCCCUGGGAGGCAUAGCUAAACUAAAUAUGCGAGGAUUUUCUUACAUAAUGACCGUAAAUAACGACGUUUGUACUAUCGAGCAGUUCGACAUCGCGGUUCCGGACAUUGACUUUAGCGAGGAUAGUCAGUCUACUGUUAUUCAACAUGGGACGUGGGUAACUUUACCUGAAGAGGAUGACACGCAAGAGCAACUUUUGCUAUCGGCAACCGCCGCAUCGGAGGAUGCCAGACCACUCCAUGGCGGGCGGGAUGAAGCAGUGUAUGUGAGAAGGGCUGUGCAAGCCUGUGCGGUAGCAAUCAAUGAUAGCUUAUCAGCAUUGCAUGCCAUGGGUGCCUCAACUGACCGGUUGACCGACUUCAUUGCUCAGAAGAGCUCCGAAUUCAAGACAAUUUGGAGGAACACUGAUCUUAAACAAUAUGAAGAUGUGAUGUCUCAAUUUGUCCCACAACAGAUGGCAAAACAAGUCAGUGACCUCAAGAUAGAAAUGGGACUGCCUCCUCCUAUGACAGUGGCCGAUGACGAUGACGAUGACGAUGAAGAGGACACUGCCAAUCGCAAUGCCAUUGACAAUGACGUGUACCAGGCUGCUAGAGAUGCCCUGGGAUUGUUUGAUUCCUUUUCAAUGGGUUGA